AUGGUAAAAUUCUUCUUGGCUGUUGUUUUAACAGCUUUCCUUGCUACAAAUGUUAACGGAGUAAAUUACACCGUUCAAGUUGGCGUUGAUGAUACACUUGCUUUCUCUCCAGACAGAUUUGAUGCAAAUGUUGGAGAUAGUGUUGUUUUCUAUUGGGUUUCACAAAAAGCAAAACAUAGUGUAAUUGAAGCCGAUCGAGAGGCAACGUGUAUGAAAUCCAAUAAACCACUUGCUUUCAAAUCAGAAACGUACACAGGUUAUAUGGAAGCCCCUCCAAAAGCCGUGUGGCAAUUAGAUACGGUCGGUCCAUUAUACUAUUAUUGCGAUGUUGGAACACAUUGUUCUGAAGCCAGUAUGUACGGUGUGAUCAAGGUUCUUGAAGUGGGAGAAACGCCUCAAGUACCUGGUUAUACUAAACUUCCAGCACCCAAACCAACAACUACUGCUGGAGCCAAAACAGGCAAGAAAACUAAAGCUGCGGCUGCUGAUGAACCGUCAAGCGCAAAUGUUGACAAACAAGUAUCAUUUGCUGUUAUGUGUAGCGCUUUGAUACCUUUAGCUGUAAAUUUAAUAUAA